AUGGUACCGCAGCACACAACGCCGAUCUCGUCGACGCCGAUGGCCAGCAUGCCGAUGGAGGGCCUCACACCGCUCUCGGAGCACCACGUGACACCGAUUCUGGACGCGCCGCCAGUACUGCCACGGUCCAUGCGCUUUGGGACACUGCGCGUGGUGGACCACCGGCGGUGGCACUAUAGCCUCAUGGGUGUGCUCGCCCUCGACUUUCUCUGCAACUGCAUCGCCGUCUCCUUUACGUCCAAAGACUCGUUCAUCCAAUAUGCGCAUUCGACGCGGCUCGCAUCCGCCGCGUGCAUGGUUGUCUACGCCGUCGAUAUGCUCUUGCGGCUCGUCGCGCUGCGCGGUGCAAUGACGCGCUCGGGCUUUCUCAUGGCGGAUGCGAUCGCUUUCGUCUUGCUCGGCGUCGGCUUGGUCCUCCGAUACGUCUUCGCCGACGACCUCAGCACGCUCAAGAUUGUCGCCAACGGCUGGACCACCAAGUUUGAGACCAACACCAAGUUUGUGUCCAACCAGGUCGAAAUGUACUUUGACACGGCGUACACGGUCCUGCUGGCGGCCCGGAUUGUGCUCAAGCCCCGCGCGCGCAUGUUUUCCAAGAAGCUCCACACCAUUAGCAAGUACAGCUGUAGCAUGGCCAUCUCAAUUGCAUCCGUCAAAGCCGCGCUUCGCCACGUGCCCCACAUCACCGCGGUCGCGAUCGAGCAGCUCGACACGGAGCUGCGCAUCGUGUGCGGCCGCGACGACGGCGACAUGACGCGCGCCGAGCUCUUGGCCUUUCUCGAGCGGGCGCUGCCGUGCCGGCCUCGACACAUGACCGCUUCGGCUUUUCUGAGCCACCUUCGCGACAUUGAUGCCCGCUUUGGUGGGUCGGCGUAUGGCGCCUACGACGUGGUGCGGUCGACACUGCAGCACUGGUCCACGCAGUCGGUGGACUUGGCGCUCACAACGUUCGUCGUGCUCGUGUCGGCGUCGAUCUUGCCGCUGCUCGCGUAUUUCCUGAAGCUGUGCACGGACCAAGGGUUUCCUGCGAGUGUCUGGGUCUACGCGCUCCAUAACUUUGACGACUUUGGGCUUGACCAAGGUCUCAGCGUCCACGCGAGCUUCAAGUGGAAGAACCAAACGUCCAACGAUAACGGCACGCUCGUGGAUCUGCCUUUCGUGCCGUGGCACAGCCUUUUGGAAGGUGUCAUUGGCAUCCUUGGGAUUAGCAUCCCGUUUGUCGUCGCAGAUUACGCCAUGGGGUAUUUCCAAUCGAAAAUGAUUGCGAAUGCGACCAAGCGACUGCAAGACACGCUCUUUGACGUGCUCUUGCGGCAGCCAACGGAGUUUUUCGCCGCCCGGUCCGACGGCGACCUCAACAACCUCUUCCAGUCGGACAUUGCGCGCGUCAACGCCAUGUGGCAAGCCGUGUUUUGGAAUCUCAUGAACCCGAUCGUAUCGAUUGUCGUCGGCUUUGUCUACCUCAUGUACUCGGAGCCAACGAUCGGCGCCAUGUCGUUCGCCUUCUCGGCCAUCAUCGUCACGUCCGGGCCCCAAGGCCUCGCGGCGCGCAAGUCGCAGCAGUUUGGCUCGCAGAGUGCGUACGUAGCGGCCGAGUUUCAGAACGCGGUCGCGUGCCAUAAAGUGGUGCGUGCGUACCACAUCCAGGACCCGCUUUUGACGAAAUUUGGCGCCCACCUUGGCGGGCUCCGGCGCACGCAAUUCGCCAAAGACUUUUGGAGCGGCGUCGUCCAGAUCUACAUCGAGUCGGGCAUGUUCAUCUUUGUCCAAAUCAUGACCGCGUGCCUCGUGAUCAAGGUGUUUCACGGCGACAUCACGUCGGGCGAUUUCUUCUCGUGCGUCACGAUGCUGAACCGCAUCUCGACGCCCGUCACGGUCCUCGGCGGCUUUAUGCGCGUGGCCAUUGGCAACGCGUCGAGUCUCCAGCGCAUCGACGAGAUCGUACGCAAUGCGGCUGUGACGGCUGCCGCCAGCGACGCCGACGACGCCAACAAGCCGGCGCUACCGCGCAUGACACACAGCAUGACGGUGACCGACGUGUGCUUUCGCUACGAUGCGAAUGCACCCGAGUACGUGCUCCGGCAUGUGCACGCAACCUUUCACAAGGGCGAGUACACGUGCAUCGUGGGCCCGAGUGGCUGCGGCAAGAGCACACUCCUCGCCUGCCUCAUGCAGUUUUACACGCCGAGCGAGGGCACGAUCUGUGUGGAUGGGCUCUCGAUUGCGCCCUACUCGAAAGCGAGCUUCCGUGACCAGACCGCGGUCGUGUUUCAGGACGGCGGCGUUCUCAACGGCUCGAUCCUCGACAACAUUGCGUAUGGCCGGGACGGUGCGACCCGGGAAGCGUGCUUGGAAGCGGCCAAGCUGGCCGAGUGCCACAUCUUUGUGGACGGUCUCAAGGACGGCUACAACACGAUCAUUGGCCAGCACGCAGUCGUCAACCUCAGUGGCGGCCAACUCCAGCGCAUCUGCCUUGCUCGCGCGCUGGUGCGUCAGCCGAGCCUGCUCUUGCUGGACGAAGCCACGAGCGCGCUGGACCCCGAGACCGAAGCCAGCAUUGUGCAGACGCUCGAGCGGCUCGCCAAGCAGCUACACAUGACGAUCGUCUCGGUCACGCAUCGCCUCUCGACGGCGCGCAACGCCGACAAGAUUCUCGUCAUGCAAAGCGGCGCGGUUGUUCAAGAGGGCACGUACCACGAGCUGCUCAUGGCACCCAACUCUGUCUUUGCGGAGCUCGUGCGCAAAAUGGAGGCGACCGAGGCUGCACCAAGCGUUCACUUCCGCACGCUGGAUAGCCCCCGCACGACAGCAACCUUUGAUACCCACCGCGCGCUGGAGCUGUUUGGCUCGGAUUUAGACGCCCGCGCGGUGUCUCGGAAGCGGUCGGAGAACGGGUCGGCGCUCGAUGGUCGACGACACACCACCCGGUCCAAUGGCGACAACGGCAGCUUCCUCCUCAUCUAG